AAACGGCAUCAGAGUCUGCAAUUCCGAUUCAACGAACCGCGACCAUGAUCAAUGAUUCAUAUGACGUCUACGACAUGUGUACUUGAGGAAAAAAAAAGAAGGAAAAGGAAAGAAGACGUUUGUCCUGUUGCACGGUGAAAGUAUCCGAUUCGGGUGUGAAUUAAAAUGGAGAGGGAAGAAAGUCACCCCGACACAGGUAACGGCGCCGGCGAUAGACAGCGCACGUUGGCAUUGAGCGAACCUGAGUUUAUCGGAGUUUAUCGCCAGUUCACGGUCGUUCGUCCGCGCUUACCGUUUCCACCGGGAUCAUGCGUUUGAUUCUGCUUCUUGCGUUCCUAGGGAACAUCAAGCUGAUGAGUAACGCAGAAGAGAUCUGGCAGCAGGAUAUAUCUAAGGACAUGCGGAUAGGUGCAUCAGCUGAAGGCUACGAUCGUGUGGGGUUGCGUUGCGGCGCCGAAAGAAUGACCGUCGAGCUCAAAACUACGGAAGACUUUUCAGGGGUGAUCUACACACAGGGUAGUUUCCAUUCCCGAGAGCCAUCCUGCUUCCUCGAUCCGGUUCGCGGUCGGAGUUUCACCAUGAGCAUUCCUUUAAACAAAUGCGACACUGAAAGGGACGGCGAAAAAUUCAGCAAUGUCGUGGUGAUUCAGCACGAUGACGAGCUGUUAACUCCAGGUGACGCCGCUUUUACGUUAGAAUGCGACUUCUCGAAGCCACGUGCUCUCACCGUAACAGCAGACUUUAAUGGGAGUAAGAAGAGACCGACUAGAUCGAGCAUAGCUCUCGUCGAUGCCGAUCCGGGAAGCGACAGGAGAAAAAGGUCGGCGUACGUGGAAAGCUACGGGGACGAGGUUGCUUUUAUACCGGAGCAAGUGUACCGUAAGGCAAACGACGAACUGUGAGAUACCAGUGUGUGCUAGCUAAUAAAGUAAAACUGAGUAAACUUGCCUCCUCUUCCUUUCGCUUCGCUCAAAAACAUUCACGGAACUUUUUUGGCUGAUAAUCACCGCGUUCGCAAAUUGAACUGCCAAAGAAUUAAUUCUGUCGUUGCUGAAUUGAAGUUGCGAUUGUAUUAACUAGAGUUUCUCGCUGGCACAGUCGUUGGUGUCGUCACAAGCCUCUUUUUGACACCGAGCAUGUUCAGCGAAUACACCCAUACAGCACAAAACUUGCAACAAUAUUGUUGCAACGUUGCAGCAAUAUUACAACGUUGCAGCAAUGUUGCAACAAUAUUUCUGCAGUCCUCUGUGCUGUAUGGGCAAUUGCGGAGCAAGAGAGACGCAAAAUUCAUGCACUCAAUUCGUGAUUGAUUCAAAACAUCGUUAAAUUAGUUAAAUCUGCAAUAAAUUAAAUCAUUGAAUUAAUUUUAAAAAAAUCACUGAAUUUAUGAACUGAUUAAAUCCAUUUUUCAAAAUCGAUCUUACACAUUUGCCGAACGUGAUCGUUGUCGCAUGGUGAAAAAAAAAAAGAAACACACACACACACACAUGUGUCCCAAUUGAUUUCAGAAUGAGAAGAGCGUUGGGGGUGCCGUUUUGUUAAGUCUCAUGAAUCAGCGAGCGCCGUCGAUCCGGUCGAUUCCGGCUAUAACACUUGCAUACGACACGACGACGCAUUCCGUGCACUCAUGAAUUUGUUGACGCUGCCUGUUAUUUAAGUUUUUGUUAUUUCUAAAUAAAUUAUGUAAUUCGUU